AUGGAGGACCACAUGAGCAAAAUUAACAUGUUUUCUUCUGACAUGUCUAAUGACUUUACAGAUGGACAUCAAGCAGAAAUCAGUUCCGUCCCAGAUAAAGCACUUGACCAUGGCCUGCUUUGUAAAGUGUGUUCCGAUUCAAGCAGCGGUAAACACUAUGGUAUCUAUGCCUGCAACGGCUGCAGUGGCUUCUUCAAGCGCAGUGUGAGACGAAGACUCAUUUACAGGUGUCAGGCUGGAACUGGCAGGUGCCCUGUUGACAAGGCUCAUCGGAACCAAUGCCAAGCUUGUCGACUAAAGAAGUGUCUCCAAGCUGGCAUGAACAAAGAUGCUGUGCAGAAUGAGCGGCAGCCUCGAAGCACAGCACAUGUCAGUCUAGACUCUAUAAGUGUGGCCAAUAAAAAGGAGCACCUAGCCACCACACAGGACAUCACUUCCUCUGCCCCCUACUCAUCAGUCAUCUGCAGACCUCUGAUCACUUCCUCCGUCACCACCUCUGCCACCAUACAGCCCUGCAGCAACCCCAAUUCCAUCCACCGCUUUAUGGUCAGCCUGCUGACUGCAGAGACCUGUGCAAAACUGGAGCCUGAGGACGUGGAGGAGAAUAUUGAUGUGACCACCAAUGAUUCAGAGAGAGAUCGGACUCCCUCUGACUGUCGUGUGUCCCCGUACGCCUCCAGCUGUUCAGAGAGUAUAUACGAGACAUCGGCACAACUUCUCUUCAUGUCUGUCAAGUGGGCAAAAAAUUUGCCAGUUUUUGCUCACUUGCCAUUUCGAGACCAGGUGAUUCUCCUUGAGGAAGCUUGGAGUGAGAUGUUCCUCUUGUGUGCCAUCCAGUGGUCCCUGCCCAUGGACAGCUGUCCUCUUCUGUCUCUGCCAGAUGUUUCUCCCACACAGCAGGCCAAGAUCAGCGUCCCCACAGCUGACCUGCGCAUUCUGGAAGAGGUCUUUAAUCGCUUUAAGGCCCUGGCUGUUGACCCUACUGAGUUUGCCUGCCUGAAAGCCAUUGUACUGUUCAAGCCAGAGACACGCAGCCUCAAAGACCCAGAGCAGGUGGAGAAUCUGCAGGACCAGUCGCAGGUGUUGCUAAGUCAGCACAGCCACUCAGAAUACCCCAGCCAAAGUGCAAGGUUUGGGAGACUGUUACUUCUGCUGCCAUCCCUCCAUUUUGUGAGCUCUGAGAAAAUAGAGAAGCUGUUCUUUCAAAGGACCAUUGGCAGCACACCCAUGGAGAAGCUGCUGUGUGACAUGUUCAAAAACUAA